AUGCCUUCGCAAGUUUCCGACGAGCAGCUAGGCGAUGCGCUGCUGCAAUCAGCCGCGCAUGGGGCGUUUCCCCAGGACGAAGAUGUCGCGUCUGCAACUGUACCUUCCAGCGCGCUUCCCAAGCUGUUAGAGGUGGUUGCUAAGGCACGAGAAGACACAAAGAACGAAGUACGCCAACUCUCAAGAGAAGCUGCUCCCGACGUCGAUGGCUGGAUAGCACAAGCACGCAAGCUGCAAGACGAUAUCAAACGCUCUCAGGAAACGGCCAAAGACAUUGUAAAACAAGCAGAAGCUGGGAAAGAAAACACAGCUCGCGUCCAGGAUGCUGCAAGCAAGGUCAGCCUGCUGCACACGGAGAUUGCAUACAAUGAGAGCUUGGCACAAGCGGUAGAACAGCUGAGAGAUAUCUCGACAUUGCUUGAUUCUGCCCAGAGUGCUGCUGUGCAUGGCCAUGUCAUGCAUGCUAUACAGACAUUGGAGGAUGCGGAUGGCGCUUUCCAGAGACUGGGAUCUUUCACGACCACGAGAGUAGUGGGUGUGUUGAAGAACAAGGAAGAGCAGCUGAAGAGAGCCAUUGUGGAAACUGUGACGGAGUCAUGGAACGGAUUGAUUUCGGUUGACAACACUAACCACAAGAUCGCACUGCAUCAAUCUAUCGAACGCGAAGCCAAGGUCGAUAUUAAUACAACGGUCGAAGCGCUUACGAGACUGGGGCUCCUUGAUAGCUUUGUCACCCGCUUGAGCCGUGAUCUUGACAAAAUCAUAAUCUUUCCCCGCCUUGCCAUGGGUACCGACCGCGUCGUAUCCGCAUUUAGAAUUCAAGAGGAUGUCAUCCAACGUGCAGGUCCGGUCAAUGAUGGUAAGGUAAAAUCUACCUUGGAGGAUAUUCACUUGCUCGCCGAGUAUCUGAGCACGCGCCUGCCGCCCAGCAUCGCCGUCCCACUGUCAUCCAAAGUUAUUCCGAUCGUCGCGUCUCGUCUGAUAUCGAACCUCCUUUUGCCUGCUGUGCCAUUGUCCACAGAUGAAAUACCGCACUUUCAAGAGUCACUCUCAUAUGUCUUAGGCCUGGUGGAGUAUCUCGAUGAGCUUGGCUGGUCUGGUCAAAAUCGUUUAGCUGAAUGGGUGGAUAAGUCUGCCGAGAUAUGGCUUGCUAAACAGAAAGAGGAUGCGAUUGCCCGAGUGCAAACGAUGUUCCCGAAGAAAGUGCAAGAGAAAAAGACUGUUGAAAGGGUCGAGACGCAAGUCAUUUCAAAAGGCGACGCGCUGCAUGCUGGGAAUGAACAAGAAGACGACUGGGCCGCUGACUGGGACGAGGAAGGAGAAGCCACAGAAGAGAAGAAAGAGACUAUCGAAGAAGAAGACAUGAGUGCCUGGGGUGAGGAUGACGAGGUAGCUGAUGACGAGUCGAAGGAGCAAGAGACCAAGGAAAAGCCAGCCGAUGCAGAGGAUGCCGAUGAUUGGGGUGCGGACUGGGAUGACGAGACCGAUACCAAACCCACUGCAACGCCGAAGCCUGCUGCAAAUACGUCAGAGCAACCGAAAACGAAUGGAAAAACUGCGUCCCAGAAACAACCGGCGCACCAGGAGGUCACACUUCGGGAGACAUAUACAGUGACGGCAAUCCCGGAUGCCAUCAUGGAAAUCAUCUUGCAGGUUAUUGUAGAAGUAGACACGCUGAACUCACCGGAGCUCGUCAAGUCCGCGAUCGCACCCGCAAGUGGAGGUCUAUAUGCCAUUCCUAGUCUCCUCCUUGCGAUGUACCGAGCUACUGCUGUGAUGCAUUACUCAAAAGAUAUUGCGAGUAACAUGCUCAUCUACAACGACUGCCAGCGGCUGUCGGAUCGUUUGCAACUCUUCCUUCAAGAACAAGCUGAGAAAGAUAAGACAUCUACGUUGCCACAGCAUUUGCAACCGUCCAGACGUCUCAAGCCGAUGCUCGAAUCUGAUAUCAAGACAAUUGACGGAUUCGGAAAGCGUGCAUAUGGACGCGAGAUGGAGUCACAAAGACAAAUCAUUAGGGAUCAUCUGGAAGAUGCGCAGGGCUUCCAGGGCUGUACUAAUGUACCCUUUGCUACAGUCUGUGAUGACGCUAUCGCCACGACCAUUGAUCGCAUAGGUGAUGUGAAGCGACAAUGGCAGAAUGUCCUCUCACACAGCGCCCUGCUUCAGUCACUUGGCUCGUUAGUAUCAGCUGUACUUACGAAGUUCAUCAACGAUGUCGAGGACAUGUCAGAUAUUGCGGAAGACGAGUCCAGAAAGCUACACGGAUAUUGUGUUUCACUUGCUACUCUAUCCCAGCACUUCCAGACCGAAGAUGGUAACGGGGAGACGAGAGACAUGGCCGGCAUCUAUACGCCCAAUUGGUUUAAGUUCCAAUAUCUGAGCGAGAUUUUGGAUAGCAGCCUCGCGGAUAUCAAAUAUUUCUGGACCGAUGGCGAGCUGAAGUUAGAGAUGGAGGCUGAAGAGGUGGUAGGCUUAAUUGAGGCCCUGUUCGCGCCUAGCGACCAUCGGAGGAGAGCUAUUGCAGAGAUCAGGAGAACCAGUAUGACAUAA